AUGCAUUUCACCAAGGCUCUUCUGGUUACUGCCGCGGCUUUCGCGCCCUUCGCAUUCGCUGCGGAGCAAGCCGAAGGGGCCCCCAAGACCAUCACCGUCCAGAUGAUGAGCGUCGGCGACUCAACUCCCACGCCGUCGUCGACCUUGAUCCCAUCGGCGACCAGCACCCCUAUCAUCGCGACUCCCAGCAGCCACUCCGUCAGACCCUCCUACGUCCCUGGCCCUGGCCGCUGGAACUCCACCAGCUCGACCAUCAAGAUGAGUGUCCCAGCCACCAUCAGCGCCCCUGCCCAGACCGGUGCUGCCUCCCAGCCCUCGUCGCUACUAGUUCAGACUGGCGCCGCUUCCUCGGUCCACUUCUCUGGUGCUCUGGCUGCCGGGGUCAUGGCCGUUGCGGGUCUGGUCGCGCUCUAA